AGGCCGGGUGACUGACGGAGAGGCGAGGAGAGAGCGGGAGCGGGACCUCCAGGGGUCCUCCGGCCUCAGGAGGAUCCACUCCGGCUGGGCAAAACAGACCCCCACGGAGAGGGAUGAGUCCCAGGCCGGUGGGGCGUGCCAGGGGGCAAGGGUUCCCCCCUAGCCUAUAUAGGGCCCAAAGAGGGCGUGCUCUGUCUGUGGCGGUGGCCGAAUGCCAGGCCAAGGGCUGCUACGAGGCUGUAGGUGGAGAAGCCUCAGGUCCCGCUGCUGCCUCUGAAAGAAGGGGGGGGGCAUCAGAAGGGCAGUUAGCCCGCUGUUUGGUGCACCGCUGAAUCGAUCCUUCUUCCGGUGAUCUAACAAAGUCAUCGCUGGAGCGAACCAGCCUGUCCUCCGAACGUAUUAGAGCCCUACCCGCACUUUUUUUGGACCCCUGUUAGGGGCUUGCUCCAUGUGGGUUCUUUUCCGCUGGGUGUAAUGGCUGGAGACGAACCAAAGUGAGCUUGGGACUGUCAAGUCUGCUGCUGGAUAUUUCCCAUCUGGUGUAAGAAGACAGGCACUUCAGGAUUUUGGCAAAUUAAGGACUUCCAGGGGAAGGAAGUGAUUUUUUUAUUUAGUACUGUAUGUAUUAGAGCAGUGCUAAUAGGUUACAUUGCCUAUCAAAAAAUUAAAAAAUAUAAAACUUCCUCCUGGAAAUGGAAGUGGGCAGAAGAAAGCAACAAGGUUUUUUUUUAGUAUUCUUUUUAUUUAGACUUGCCUUAAAAUUUGUGUCAAGAACCAGCCACAGCCAAAUCUACCAAGUACCUGCCAGCAGUGGAUUCACCUGUUGGGAGGUGCUUGACUCAACUUUUUUUUUUAAAAAAAAAGUCUCAAUGAAAAGAGAGAGAAAAAUCCCUCUGGUUGUCCCCAUCUUCUGCUUCCAGGUUGGCAGUGACAGAAGUUCUGCCAGUCGAAGAAUGUCUGAAUCAAAAUUCCGGGAGGUGUUGCCCAAGCAAGGAAUGUUGGCAGUAGAAGAUGUUACUACUAUGGUAUUGUGCAAACCCAAGCUGCUCCCUUUAAAAUCAGUUACUUUGGAGAAGCUUGAGAAAAUGCAACGUGAAGCACAAGAAACUAUCCGACAGCAGGAACAACUUGCACAGGAGAGUUCAAAAUCUGUAUCUGUUGAAUAGAUCAUGCUGAUUUUUCCCCUAAUACUGCAAUAAUGUAUAUAGCAAUUCAAUGUUCUGUGAACAGUCAGAUGAAAUAAAACUCAUGUUACUAAAGGCA